AACACUUUACGACACUGUUGACAACUGAGGCGUUUGUUGUGUUCAGUGCUGUUGGUGGAUCUGUUUUUUUCAGUUAUGAUUUAGUUUUCUCUGAAAGCUGUCAUCAAAUGAGUGUUUUUGAUUUAUUUCGCGGCUUCUUCGGUGUACCUGGAGGCCAUUAUCGUGGCCGACGGGACCCCUUCUUCGAUGCCAUGACUCAUGAUGACGACGAUGAAGAUGAUGAUGAUGAAGAAGAUGGAUUCUACUAUGAUGGGUUCCGGGGAGACCAGCAGGACCCCUUUGACAGUGCCUGGAGGUUUGGCUUCAGCUUAGGUCCCGACGGGAUGAGGAUCCAGGAGCCUCCGGUGUUUGGCCACGUCUUCAGAGAGAUGGAAGAGAUCUUCUCCCAGCUGGGUCGCAGAGACGGACAGCCAGAGUCUGGACACUUCGGUGUUCCCAGUAUCAUGCCACCACCUCAGGACAGAGCAGAGAGGGGUGGAGGUGGUUCCAGUGGGAACCCCCUGAGAGACUUUAUGCUCAAAUCUGAUGAUGACAAUCCACAAGGACUCCAAGCAGGGCCAUCAACAGAGCCCAGAUAUGAUGGCCGCCCUUUCUAUGAGUCACCAGAAUUUCCCAGUUCGCCAUUCAGCAGCUGGAAGCCUUUUUCGAAGUUUAAUGAUAUUUGGAAGAGGGGGCCACAGAAAGCUCCUGAGGAGGAGCGCAAAGAAGACAGAGAUCUGGACUCUGCAGUCUCCUCUGGGGGCCUGGAUCAGAUUCUGACACCACCUGCUGGUCAGGCACCGAACCAACCCAGGACGCGAUCAUUCUUCCAGUCAGUCAUGGUCAGCAAGGUGGUGAAACCUGAUGGGACAGUAGAGGAGAGGCGAACAGUCAGAGACAGCCAAGGCAAUGAAGAGACCACAGUGACUCGCUCAGGAGGCCCUGGUAGCCCGGAGGGACCAGACCAUCACACUGGACGUGUCAGACCAGGUGGUCAAAAUCCAUUUUCGGACAUGCGGGACGAUGAUUCAGUAUUCUCCAAGUUCUUUGGAGGGUUUAAAUAAAAUGCAAAAGUAUAUUCUCUCGA